GCAUGCAAUAAAUGGCAAUAAUGAAUGAAAUAUUUCUGCACACUUUUCGCGAUAAUUUCUCACGGAUCCAGAUUGGUCACAUGACACACACACAGACGACAACUACUAUUGCUAUUUUGGGAACAGAAAACAGACUGAAAACGGAGAGGUUAUCAACGCGAAAAAUAAGCCAUACAUGUGGUUGAGACUACAGCUGAUAUUUUGACGGUCAUUCUUGGAUUUGCGGCAGACUUGGAGCUGUUUAGUGGACCUUGUCUCUCGGUCAAGGACCCGGAGCUUUACGGGUGUUUUCAAGUUUAUCCUGAGGCCAAGGGCGAAGAGAGACAAGUAAAUAAGUGAUAAGCUAUCAAAGUCGAGGUUUAGGAGAAGAAGGUCAGUUUAAAGUCAAGAGUGAAGUCUAUUGGGAAGACACCCAGACAGGAUUUGACCUCAACGAGAGGUCAAGGGUCAUCUCCAAGCGUUGAGUUCAAGUUGGGAUUACCCCAGAGCGAGGAGAGAAGCAUAAACACCCAGCAACAGGUUGGCCUGCCGUCACGUGAGCCGUGCUAGCUGUUACAAGCCAAGCGAGACUCCAGGCAUCGGGUUACCAAGUCUAUUAAUACUAGUGCCACUAGCAACAUGUAACGUGUUAUGAUCUCACGCAAAUCCCGCGCUGAUAAACUUAACAACUCGCCCGCUAUCAUCAUCACUGUCGGCUGGCAUCGGUGGUAAUGAUAUGCUACUCUGUCUCACACUUUGCGUCAGAGUCAUUCACAUGCCUCUAAUGAACAGCUACUUUUGUCUGUCACGGCGAGAGCUCCAAUCAUCCUUCCCAGGCAAGGCCGUCUUUUGAAGUUGGAUCGUCUUUGAGAGUGAAGGAUCGAGGACGAGGUGUCGUUGAUCACACAUCUGCUUCUCAGUGUGGACCCUCCCUAUCAUCGUAGCUACUAUCCUGCAGACGCUCCUUCCUCCAGAACCUGGACGAAACCUGCUGCUAAAGGCAGCAGACGCAUGUAUGUGGCCGGCCUGGGUGCCCGUGCUCAAACGAAGAAGGAAAGGACCAGCUUAUAGUGACCAGCAAGACGAGGGAUCAUGCACCAAGAUGGGGGCAGGGAACAGCGCCACUAUCUGCGAUAAGUUUCGCAGCAGCAGCUCCUCGGAUCUCUCUCCAGGAAGCAGCGUAGAUCAACAUCCAGCCACGGAUAAAAGCAACGGAAAUGGGAAGAAGGUCUUGUCUGAAGGACAAAUAUCAUUUGGUGUGGCUCCAAAAUCCUUCGGAGGGAAGCAGCAGCACACAGCAGGGAGGAGAGAAAACGGAGACGGCAUGGACACGGGAGAUGCAUCCCAUGUAGCGUUGCUUAGCGACCACACUAAAAGUACUCAGGAGGAAGACGAGAAAAUGGACACUAUGGAAUCGGAACCAAAAGUAAUUUUCACGGCGGGUGAUGCCGACGACGACGACGAUGACUUGUCCCCGUCAGAAUCGACGCCAAACUUUCAGUCGUGGCAGCAGCACCACGAGCUGGUGCGAGGUCGGCCAUACCUGGCGUUGGACACCAGGAUACGAUCGCACAGCCAGUCAGAGGUGGAGGACUGUACCUACUACCGCGGGGUGCGGCCGGUCAGCAGUGCCAUGCCCAUUGUGGACGUGACCGGGCGGCCGUUGAGCUGCGGACAGCGUGAGAUGAUGCCGACCAGUCCGCGAGGAAGAAUAGUCGUUAAAAGUAUCAGUGCCGAUAAUCCCACCCAGAUCCUUACGUCACAAAUGCUAUCUGUCCCCAACGGAUCACCAUCAAGUGCUCCAAAGCAAGUGCCUGCAUCUCGGCGGAUCUACCCGUCGUUACCCUACUCACCUUACGGUUCACCAUCUGGAUCUCCAUGUGCCUCACCCCGCACCAAACGACCACCUACCAAGGAGUCCAGGACCAUCUCCAUUCUAGACAAACUGAACUACGUGCAGCUGAACCAGUACCACUUGAAAGAUGAGAUCGGCAAGGGUUCUUACGGAGUCGUCAAGCUAGCCUACAGUGAGGAAGACGAUACAAACUAUGCAAUGAAAAUCCUAUCCAAGAAGAAACUCAUCAAGAAAGGAGGAUUUGCAAAACGCCCACCACCACGAGGAGGAAAGCCUAACAAGGCACCCAAGACACCCCUAGAUCGAGUCUACCAAGAGAUUGCAAUCCUCAAGAAGUUGGACCAUCCAAAUAUAGUCAAGCUCUUUGAGGUUUUGGAUGACCCAAAUACAGAUUACCUCUAUAUGGUGUUUGAGCUGGUGGAGAAAGGUCCUGUUAUGGAGGUGCCUUCGGACAAUCCUCUGAGUGAGAUGCUGGCUUGGACUUACUUCAGGGACAUCGUACAGGGGAUAGAGUUCUUGCAUUAUCAGAAGGUGAUCCAUAGAGACAUCAAGCCUUCCAAUCUACUCCUGGAUGAUGACAAUCAUGUCAAGAUUGCAGAUUUUGGAGUGAGUGACAAGUUUGAGGGGAUCGAUGCCCUGCUGUCGGACACCGUGGGUACACCCGCCUUCAUGGCUCCAGAGUCCCUGCUGGAGGAGUCCAACAAGUACGGUGGACGGGCCUUGGAUGUAUGGGCCAUGGGCUGUACCCUCUACUGCUUUCUAUUUGGUCAGGUUCCGUUCCAGGACAACUUUAUCCUUGGCCUUCAUAACAAGAUUAGGACUCAGCCUGUCAUGUUUCCUGAAGAUAUCGAGGUUUCAGCUGAGGUGAAGCAUCUAAUCUCUAGGACGUUGGAGAAAGAACCCCAGAAGAGAAUAACACUACCUGAACUCAAGGAAGAUCCCUGGAUAACGCAACAUGGUGAGGAACCACUGAUGUCACAGGAAGAGAACUGUGUACUGGUCGAAGUAUCUCAGGAUGAAGUAGAUAGCUGUAUCAAACGACUACCAAAGAUUGAAACUCUUAUACUUGUGAAGAAUAUGCUGAAGACUCGAUCAUUUCAUAACCCGUAUAGGAACUCAAGGAAAGGGAGAUUCGCUUUGUCAUCCCUUGGCUCUAGUGUGGAUAGUAAACCCGAGGCUACCGUCAAAUAAACCUUCAACCCCGUCAUACUGACUUCUAGUAGACACACUGUUUCUUGUAAGUCCAAAGUGAAGGGAGAUCGACCAAUGGAAAUGAACUGUACCAGACUGAGAUUUUGGCUCAAUGUGAUGAAAGGAGUCUGAUGGUGGCACGGAUUGGAGAAGCCGGUUCUGACAGCCUCUGGAGAGUGGAGUUUAAGGAUUGGUUUUAGGAGGAUAUAUUUGUUAUUUUGUUGAAGACUCUGGUUGAAGAAGUGAUCCAGCUGGAGGGAUCUGAGUUACGUCUGCACGUGCCAUGAAGAUAUGGUGAUCGAGUCAGAGAACGCUGCUACGUGGAGAGCGAAUUUUAUUUACCCACCCCUUGCAAGAGUAGACAUAGAGCGGCCUUAGAAAUGAGGGAAGGAAGGAAGGAAGGAAAAGAAGAAACAGGAAAAAGAGAUGGAUGAUCUACUGCUACAAUAUGGAUCAUCUCUGCAGUUCUGGUAGAGCUGGAGGCAACAAGGCUGGAAAAGAUCUGAUGGGAAAAACCUGCAAUAAGAUGUCCUUUUGACUGUGAAUGGCUCAGAGAUGUUCUCGUAUUACUAAUUAUACCUUAGCCCAUGGCUUAUAAAAUCAAUUA